AUGCCUGCAGCCGACGUGACGUCUCCGACACUUGGUCUCACUCUGCCCGAGCGCGCCAGAGACAAGCUAAUCCGCGGAGGUAUCAACCCGGACGCCUACCCUACCCGUCCGCAGAAGCCUCAGUUCUUGGACGAGGUAUACAAGAUCCGGGGAGAACCUUGGGAGCACAACGAUGCAGGCAAGCGCGCGGACCCCGAGAAGAAGGCCCUCUUCGGUGCGGCCACCAAAGUGACGCAUCUGACUCGUCACAUCGGCACGGAGAUCGAGGGUGUUCAGCUCUCGAAGCUCACCGACCAGCAGAAGGACGAACUUGCUCUCCUCAUUGCUGAGCGCUCCGUCGUCUUCCUCAGGGACCAAGACAUUACGCCGCCAGAGCAGCUGGCUCUCGGUGCGUACUACGGGGUGGUAGAGGUGCACCCACAGGUCCCGCAGGUCCCCGGCAACCCAGGCGUCACCGUGAUGUGGCCUGACCUGGCCAUCGCUGAGGGAAGGAAAGCAAACUUCAGGCAACCCGGUGGCGCAUCUGGCUGGCACACUGACCUCGUUCACGAACUCCAACCCGCCGGUAUUACCCAUCUGCACAACGACACAGUGCCCGAAUACGGAGGCGACACCCUCUGGGCCAGCGGCUACAGCGCAUACGACAAGCUCUCUCCGGAGUUCCGCAAGAUCAUCGACGGCAAGCUUGGCGUAUUCCGGAGUGCCCACCCCUACCUCGACAGGAACAGCCCCGAAUCUGGGCCGAAGUACGUCGAGCGGGUCCACCCGAUUGUCAGAGUACACCCCGUCACUGGCUGGAAGAGUCUGUUCGUCAACCGCGCCAUGACUGUCCGGAUUCUAGGCUUCGACAAGGCUGAAAGCGACCUCAUCCUGAACUACCUGUAUGAUGUGUACGAGCGCAACGUCGACAUUCAGACCCGUUUCAAGUGGACUCCUGGCACAUCCGCCCUAUGGGAUAACCGUAUCACCAUCCAUAUUGCGAGCUGGGAUUACGAGGGACAGGAGCCCAGGCACGGCACGAGAGUUACCUCUCUCGCUGAGAAGCCCUACUUCGACCCGAACGCCCCGUCACGCAGGGAGGCUCUCGGUCUUGAUAUUCCCGAAGGUGGUCAAGCCGGUGCGGGAUCGUACAAUACGCAAGCCUCUUCGGGUGCGCAGAUCGGGCGCUGA